AUGAAAGAGACCAGGCGAUGUGAGGGAGCUUGGGAGUUAUAUAGGGCUGUGUUUGUCCCCGCGACACCUGUUCUUCAAUUCAUCGACGUAACCCUUUCUUUUAGGACUGCCUCUCCCUCAGCUACUUGCAACGCAAGGAAGAUUUGGAUUCUCAGUACAAACUUGGAGAACCUGGACAUCUACCCGGAAGAUACAUCGCUUCUCCAAAACCCUAGUCUCAAGCUCGAUGACAUGAAAACGAUUGAGACAGAUGUAUUUAUCAUCGGCGGCGGUAACAGUGCUGCGGCUCUCUCAGCCCGUCUCAAAGCCUUUGGCGUUGAAAGUGUUAUGGCUGAGCGCAAUGCCAACGUUGGAGAUAACUGGGCUUUGCGAUAUGACUGCAUGAAGUUUCAUGUUCCGACUUCGUUCUGCGAAAUGCCCUAUACAAAUUAUCAGGACGAGUUUCAGGGCGAUCUUCUCCUCAGUAAGGACGAAUUAGCUGAUCACUUGCGACGAUUUGUCUCUUCCUUCAAUCUCAACGUCGUCACGUCUGCUACGAUACAGUCGACUGUCUACGACACGCUAAACAAAGAAUGGACUAUUAAGGUCAAAACGCCUGCUGCAGCUGUUGCCGUAGUCGCCAAACACGUAGUGCAAGCCACUGGUAUCGCGUCGCAAAAGCCACACGUUCCCACUAUAACGAACACGAAUGUCUACAAGGGCAUCGCUAUCCAUUCUUCCAAUUAUAGAAAUGGCUCGGCAAACACAGCCUUUGAUAUCAUGGAGGACUGUCAUGCUGCCGGCCUCCAAACCACAAUGGUCGUUCGAUCUCCGACCUACAUCGUUCCGUUAGAGUACAUGAAGAACAAAAUAAGUUUAGGCGCCUACGAUCUCGGCGUUGCAGCCGCUGACAGGAUGUUCCUCGCACUACCAACAGAGAUAAGUGGUCAAUUGGCCCGCAACCUCUUUCGUAUGCUCGCAUCGAAAGAACCAGACCGCUACACUGCGCUUCGUAAAGCAGGGUUUCCUGUUCUUGACAGCACUGAACCUAAUCAGGCGUUAUACUCUAACCUGGUGGAGAGAGCGGGUGGACACUACGUUGAUACUGGUGGCACUAAGUUGCUGGCACAGGGUAAGGCUGGUAUCAAAUCAGGAGUUGAGCCAGUCGCGUUCACAGAGACAGGUUUGCGGUUCUCGGAUGGAAGCACAACUGAUGCAAAUGCUGUAAUAUGGUGUACUGGGUACGCUGACCGAGACGUUCGGGACACGGCUGUUGAGAUUUUGGGUGGCGACGAAGGGGUUCACGAUGGAAACAUGUUGGGUCCUCCUGAAAUUGCGGCUCAUCUUCAUGCUACAUGGGGUGUGGACUCGGAGGGCGAAAUUCGCGGUAUGUGUAAACGUCAUUUACGUCUUGAAAAUUACUGGGUCAUGGGAGGGUUCACGCAGCAGCAUAGGUGA